AUGGCUGAUCAAAUCUCAGAUGCAGUACUUGAUACAUGCUUAGCAGAUGAUCCAUAUAGUAGAGUUGCGUGUGAGGUGUUUAUCUCACGUGGGUUUGUGCUGAUAGGUGGCGAGGUUACAACAGAAGCAUGGGUGAAUUUUGAAGAAGUGGGGCGUUCUGUGGUGCGGGAUAUAGGGUACACGAAUGCUGAAUACGGCAUAGAUGCCAAUAGCAUGGCGGUGUUUGUAAGUAUAGGACAGCAAAGCCCAGACCUUGCUGCGGGUGUAAAUGAGCGUGCAAAACGCAAUAGCAAGGCACGCAGAAAUCAUGCUCCUAGAGCUGGAGACCAAGGGAUGAUGUUUGGAUACGCUUGCAAUGAAACAAAAGAAUAUAUGCCCGCCCCCAUUAUGUUUAGUCAUAGUAUACUUAUGCAAGCCGAUGCGCUUCGAAGGAAAGAUAAAAACUACACCUGGCUACGGCCCGAUGCUAAAUGCCAGGUUACCAUACUGUAUGAAGAUUCUGUGCCAAAACACAUAGAUUCUGUGGUGCUUAGCCAUCAGCACGCUGAUUCAAUACAAGGAAAAAAAAUCACGCAUACAACAAUUAAAAAAGCAUGCAUAGAUCAUAUUAUCUAUCCAGCACUAAAACACACAGGAUUACUUAAUAAGAAAACAGCAUUCCACAUAAACCCAACAGGAAGAUUCGUUAUUGGUGGACCAAGUGCAGACACUGGGCUUACUGGGCGAAAGAUUAUCGUCGAUACAUAUGGAGGGGUAGGAGGGCAUGGAGGAGGAGCGUUUAGUGGAAAAGAUCCAUCCAAAGUUGAUAGAAGUGCAUCAUAUUUUGCGCGAUACAUAGCAAAGAAUGUAGUUGCUGCCGGAUUAGCAAAAAAAUGUCAGAUCCAGAUUGCCUAUGCAGUGGGAGAAGAAAAGCCAGUAAGUUUCUAUUUAGACAGUGCGGGGACAGGGGUGCUUCCAGACGAGCAACUAUCUAAGAACAUACAAAAAACACUAGAUAUGAGCCCUGCUGGAAUUAUUCAAACAUUAGAUUUGCUAAGACCUAUAUACCAGGAUACAGCAGUAUAUGGGCAUUUUGGAAGAAACGCAAAAAACUUUACUUGGGAAAAAUUAGACUUAGUAAAAACCCUUCUUUCUUGUGUGUAG